GCCCACUACUUCCACCCCAUUGACCAAGGACAAGACAACCUCACAACAACCGACUUUGGCGUUGGCAAUUCCCACACAUUUGCCCAACCACAUAUCCCAUGGGGCUCCGCACCGUCUGGUUGCUGGUUGCUGUAUCCAAACACCAACCAACCACCUCUCAGACUCUCUUAACCAAAGAAACAAGCGAACCCCCCAAAGCCAAAGACGCAUCAAGCACGCACCACAUUCCCCAUCGACCCAAAAGGAAAUCAGGCAGGCGCUAGCGCAACCGAGAAGACGAUGAAGAGGGAAGGAUUCCAGCACGGCGCGGUCAGGGUGAACCGCAGCAAGCUGCUGCGGAUCGCCGAUGGGGAGGCUGCUAAGGCCGCGGCCGCGGCGGAGAUCGGCGUGUACGCCAGGGCGCCGUCGAAGCCGACCAACGCGUCCAGGAGCACGGGCAAGUGCCGGCGGCCGCGGUGCGUCGGGUGCCACGAGCACCCGGUGACCAAGGCCCGGGACAAGGCCAAGGGCGCGCACAAGCUGCGGGCCUGCGACGUAGCGCUCAACCACCGCCUCGUGUCCUGGCGCGUCGUCGACGGCGCCGGGGCAUCCGCGGCCGGCACCGGCAUCCCGGACUACAAGGGUGCCUCGGCGUCGGCCGUGCUCGCUUACAUGGCCGGCGGCAACAGCUGGCACGAGGAGGAGGAGGACGACGGCGCCGAUCUUGAAGGCAACCCGCCGGCGGAAGGAGGGCUCUCCGAUCUGUACGACCUCAUCGUCGGCAGGAUCCCUGCGCCGGACGGCCUAGAAUCUGACAUGGCGCAUGCCAAUAACAUAGAAGUAGCAGACAGUGAUGAUGCAAUUGAGGAGCAGGAGCAAGAUGAUACCACCAAUGAUGAUGAUGAUGAUGAUGAGGAGGAGGAGGAGGAGGGGGAGAUGGAUUUCUGCAUGGUGGGCAUCACAAUCGCUUUGGACUUCUCCGAUGGGGAGGAAGACUGGAUCGUGGUGGAGGAGAUCCCAUCGACCUGAUCCGAUCUGAUUAAUUUGCAAAUAAGACAGGUCAGAUGCAUCCCUCCUGCGUUGUAUAAUUUCCAUCUGCGGGUGGUGUGUAUAUACUGUUCAUCUGUUCAUCCUCCUGUUAAUUGUGUCAUUUGUGUAUAUGGUGACUAGCUAAUUUGUCGUGAACAUGGAUUAUUCAUGAUUCAAACCUCAAUUUACCAGUGUGAAUAAAAUGGAGAAGGGAUUCUUUUCCAGAUCUUGUUUCUU